GAAUACAUGAUUUAGGAAUGUGCAGCAGACCUCAGAAGCCAUUUUGAGAUGAUAUCCUUGUUGAGAAAUCCUAGGAAGAUGCUGAAAUCAACGAACAUGGUUACACCUCUGUCUGUUUCUCCCUCCGUCUCCUCUAUUUCACCAUGGCAGCUGUCAACCGACGGGACAUUAGCAAGGCGGGGUAUCGAGCUGUGCUCACAGAGUUAAAACGACAUUGAUAUGAAAGAGGACAGUGUCCGUUCACGGUCUCUGUCGAGACAUGUAACACCGUGAGUUUUUUUUCCAGUCUGAAAUCUUCCAGCAUCUCUCACAACCCAACGUCUCCUCGAGUGACUGAGUUUAAUUCACUCUCGUACCGGGGAGAAAGGAGGCAGAUCCGUUUUCCAAAUGGCUUCUGUGAGCCUGGUUUCCAGUCCCCCAGCCCCCGUUCUUGACAAAAACAUGACAGACUCUGAGCUUGCAAGGGAUGAAAGAGAGGAUGGCGAACUGGAAGAUGGAGAAAUCGAUGAUGAAGGGAUUGGAAUUGAAGAGGAAAACAAAGAGGCUGCAGCCGGUAAUGAAGAGAAAGGGAAAGAAGAGAAGACUCACAGACACUCCAGGAAAAGAUACAAGAAGACCAGAGAGAAGAGGAGGUCCAAAAGGAGGAGGCGCGACAGACCCAAACACCACUCCCCCUCCAGCAGCUCCAGCUCGGACAGCUACGACUCUGACUACGACCGACCAGAGAGAUCCAAAAACCGCAAGAGCCAGGGAUCUGAGGGCCCGUCCUCUCAGCACGGACGCGACUCGAAGGGCGCCCACGGCAACUCGCAGAAGUCCCCGCAGCACAAGAGCGGCGAGUUUGAAAAAUACAGCGACUACAGCGACGACAAGUACGACUACGAGGAGGAGGAGGAGGACUACGAAGACGACAUGUCCGAGUAUUCGCAGUCGAAAGAUUCCGUUUCCCAGAGUCGUGGGAGGGGACGCCAUGCCCAGGGCCAGAUGAAGAGAGGAAGCAUGAGGGGGAUGAAACAACAGCACUUUGGGCAGCGGGGACGGGGCAGAGGGAGCGGCCCAGGAAGAGGCCGCGGGAUGCUCUACAAGAACAAGAAGCUGAAGGGAAAACCCUGGGGAGGACGGGGACGAGGCCGAGGGGGGGACCAUUGCAUGGAAGACAUGAUGCCGGAAGGAAAACAUUCCUCUGGGUUUCAGAAGAAACGACCAAUUAUGAGCAAGGAGUUCAUCAAUCAGCACACGGUCGAACACAACGGUAGAUACAUCUGCAAGUACUUCCUGGAGGGUCGAUGCAUCAAGGGGGAACAGUGCAAGUUUGAACACGAGCUUGUCAUACCAGAUAAGAAGAGGGAACUUUGUAAGUUUUACCUCCAAGGAUACUGCAGUAAAGGAGAUCAUUGCAUUUACAUGCACAAUGAAUACCCGUGCAAGUUCUUUCAUACUGGAGCCAAAUGUUAUCAAGGGGACAACUGCAAAUUCUCCCACGAGGCUUUGAACGAUGUCACCAAAGAGUUGCUUGAUAAGAUAAUCAACACCGAGGAGGAGAACGCCCGCGAGGACGAGUUGGAGCUGGAGGAUCUGAGAAAGCAGGGCAUCGCUCCGCUCCCCAAGCCUCCUCCUGGGGUGGGGUUGCUGCCCACCCCGGGUCAGAGCAGUCCUACGGAUGGGGGGAAGAAGAUCCCCUCGCUGUUUGAAAUCUCCGUCCUGCCUACCGUCGACUUGGCACAAAAAAUUGGUCUCAGCGGAUCCAACUUCUCCCAGAAUCAGGGUGAAGGCGCCGCUCAGUUCAGCGCCGGGUCCGAGGACUCGCCGAGUGGGAGCAUGGCGCCUUCAGGCCCCUCUGCUCCUCCUCCUGUUCCUCCCUCCGGGUCUCCUGAUCCCAUGGGUCACCCCGCUGGACCGGCCGGGCCUCAGAGCCCCCAGGGGCAGCACCCCCCGCACAGAUUUCCAAUGCAGCCACCGAUCCCCCCGUGUCCACCCCCACCUUUCCAUGGAAGCAACAUGCCGAUGCCUCCGUUCCCUCCUCCGGCGGAUCUACAGAUGCUGCAGAGUCUCUUCCCUUUUCCGUCGAUGGGUCAGAACCCGGUAGAGUUCUUCAGCAACUUCCUCCGAAACCAGGUCAUCGGUCCACAAGGAGUAGUAGACCCCGGUAUGGCCGCCCUGCAGAACCUCCAGCAGCAGAUGGGUGCAGAGUCCCAGCUGCAGUCCUUACCGCCGGCUGUACAGAAGGCCAUUUUAUUACACCUGACUCAGCAGCAGCAGCAGCAGCAACAAGAGUCACAUCUACAGGGAAAUGAGCCACAGAGAGCAGAAGGCCAGGAUGAUAGCAGUACAAACAGAGAUGAAACCACAAACUGGUACUCGAGCGACGAGGAGGAUGGGAGUUGUGUUUCCUCCAUCCUGCAAUCGCUCAAGAAGCAGAGUGAGAUGCAGCAGUCCCAGUCCAAGCCCCCCCCGACCGCCCCAGUUGCCCCGGCACUGGGUGACCCCCGGCUGGUGAAGGAGAGGGCCCCGCCCAGCGACCCCCGCGUGAAGACGGACCCUCGACAGCGACCGCCUGACAUGAAAAAGGAGUCGGAUGGCGUCGCAGACCCGAGGUUCUCCAGGGACCCCCGGAAGGUGAGGCCCGUGGAGCAGAGCUCCUAUCGCCAGCAGAGCCACGCUGCUCCCCAGAGGCCUCCCACGGGGGACGAGGACGACGAAGGAGAGCGGGAACUCCGGGACAAAGCUGUGCUCAUCCCCGUGGAGGCCAGCUCUGACGUGGCGCUGCGAGACCCCCGUUGCCAGCUGAAGCAGUUCAGCCACAUCCGGGUGGACAUCCUGCUGCAGCGGCCGGCCUUUGCACAGACGGUGGUGUGGGGCCCGGAGGACCUCAUCCCUUCCCUGGUGCCCAAACAGGAACACUCCAUCAACCUGCCCCUGCCCCCUCUAAUCGCAGAUGCCCAGAUGAACCGAACCAGCCUGUCCGACCUUCCCCCCGUCUCCAGCCCUCCGGCCAUCGACCCCAGACUGGUCGCCGCCCGUUUGAAGGAACGUAGGAGCCGGUUGCCGUCUGGGUCCGUAGAGUCCCGAUCCUCCACCGAAAGGCCCGUGGAUCCGCGUCAACGGAAGACUCUGGAUCCUAGACUGAAGCGCAAAGGGAGUCUGGACUCCAAGCCGCCGGGUCAGAAGGUGCCCUUCUCUGUGGGAGGAGCCGUGGACCCGAGGUUACAGAAGGCCGGCGUCAGCUCCUCUCCUCAAGCGGGGCAAGUUAAGCCGGAGCCUGAGCGGCUGCCUCCUUACGCCCCUCGCCUGGCGUCCUCCGGCGGAGGUCUCGAGAGUCCCACUACGAUCCUCGGCGGCAUCAGUCUGUACGAUCCUCGGAACCAAACCGAACAGAAGGAGCAGGCGGAGCCGCCUAAAAAGACCCUGACUCUGAAACUCCCAGCUAAGAAAGACAGUACUCCGCCACCCUCACCGACCCAACAAAGCGGUUCUUUCGAGGAGGCCAGAGGCACGGCCGUCGCCUCGGAUCGGCCUCCGCCUUCCGGUUCUCCCACGGUGCCUCCCGCCUCGCCUGUCAAACCCCCUGCGGUUCAUAACCUCCCCAUCCAGGCACUGGCCGGGCUAAUCCGACCCCAGUACGCCGACCCGAGGCAGGCCAAGCUGGGCGGACACGGCUCCACGAGAGCACAGGAGGAGGUGGAGGAAAAUAAGCAAGAGGAGAAGAAGGAACGGGACAAACAGGACGAGGAACCAAAAGAGGAAGAUCCACAGGAGGAGGCAGACGACAGGACACUCAAAGAUGUGUUCAAGACUUUUGAUCCCACUGCUUCGCCUUUCUGUCAGUAAGCAGCCCAGUGUGGAAAUAUAUGAAGUCACAGGUCGGUGUGCUGAUGAGACAUUUCUAUUCAGCUUUGCCUGAACUUAUUCAUUUCUGUACAUAAAUGAUCCUGUAUAGCUUGACGUACUAUCUAUUGUACACAGUGCAUAGUUGCUUUUAACACAACCAUUUUAUUGUUAUGAUGUAUUUUGAAAGUGAUUGUUAAGGUCUUUUUGAUUCAUGUAUGUUUUUACAAGAUCAGAAAAAGAAACUAUGGUAAUCUGUAUAGUCUUCUCAAAGAAUUCACCUGUAUUCAUCCUGUUAAAAUAUUGUCAAGUCGAUAUAAGUUUAGAGAACUGAAAUAUUCCCUUAAAUUGUUUUCUUUUGUAUUUCCUUAUUUCAAAGCACUUUUACAUUAUACGAUCUUACUUUUAUAAUGAGGUACUUUUUCCACAAUAAGUCUACAGGUGUUUUCUUGAAAAUUUACAUUUUUAUUGACUUGACACCGAUAUGAGUUUGUAAUUUUUAAAUCGUGACAUCUAUUCGUUCAAUGAGACGGUUCCCUGCUCAGCUGAGAGGAAAUGUGUAAUUUUGCUGUAACUCAGCUUCUGUUUUGGCAAACGUCUGAGCUAAACGCUUUGUGGAUGUAAAGUGACCGUGUGGGCUUUUAGCUGCAAUGACAGAAAAUGACUUCAAUCACUGGUUACUUCAUUUAAUUCGACAUCAUCAUUCCUCAAAACCCUCACUGCUGACAAGCUUGUAAAUAUCGAUAUCGAACAGUUUAUCACAACUAGUAAGUUUACUUUACAAAGAAAGCCGAUGUUAUCUGGCUGGCUUUGCAUUGAGAUGAUCUGAACGUUAUUCCUGUUAAGUUGACUCCAGAUGAGUCAUGCGUGUCCUACAAAAAGAUGUUGUUCGCUUGAUGUUGGCGUGUAUUUAAAAAGUCCAGUCUCUGUUCAAAUGAGCUGUGUUGGACUUAAACUAAACUAUGUACUUUAAAAAAACAUUUUCAUAUUUCACACUGUGUAUAUACAUAUUUAGUAUCACAUGUACAGCCUGUUUUUGAGUGUUUUAAUGAAAAAAAAGCUUUUUUUGUCAGUUUUGAUGGUUGUGAAAAUACUAUAUGGCAUUUUAACACAUACGCUUGUUACACUUCAGUGAUUUUAUUAUGAAUACCUGAAAUAAAGACAUAAAACAGUUCAGUCACA